GCAAAACCAUGGGGAGGAAGCUGGACCUAUCUGGUUUGACUGAUGAUGAAGCUGAUCAUGUCCUUCAGGUGGUCCAGAGAGAUUUCACUCUCCGCAAAAAAGAAGAAAAUAGACUGAGUGAGAUGAAGCAGAAGCUGGAUGAAGAAGGUAACAAAUGCAACAUCCUUUCCAAGCAGAACAGCUUUAAUGAGCGCUGCUGCAUGCGUUGCUGCACCCCUUUUACUUUUCUCAUCAAUACCAAGCGGCAGUGCCAAGAUUGCAAAUACAACAUCUGCAAAAACUGCAGCUCCUAUCAGAAGAAGGAGAAAGCUUGGGUCUGCAAUAUGUGCCAGCAAGCCAGACUGUUAAGAGCCCAGUCCCUGGAAUGGUAUUAUAAUAAUGUGAAAAGUCGCUUCAAACGCUUUGGAAGUGCAAAAGUCUUGAAGAAUUUAUAUAGAAAACAUCGACUGGAGAGUGGAGCUUGUUCUGACAUACUAGACGCCGGAAGUGUCUGUGAAGGAACCAUAGAAAAUGACGGAAGCAUUUGUGGCAGCGAUUCUACAUUCUACAGGCAGACAGAAGGACACAGCAUGAUGGAUACCCUCGCUGUGGCAUUGCGUGUCGCAGAAGAAGCCAUAGAAGAAGCUAUUUCUAAGACAGAGGCAUACAGUGAUAGCUUGGAGAAACAGAAUGAAGCUUGUUAUUUACGAGAGCACAAGGAGGAGCUGAUAGAAGAGCUGGCCACCACUAUUGUCCAGAAGAUUAUAAGAAAGCAGAAAAGCAAAACUGAACAAGCGGACACCAGUUUUGAAUGGCCACAGUCCAGAAGCCGCGGCUGGACUGCUGUCUCGGAUCAGAGCAUGCUGACUUUCCCGGGGAGUCGCAGGGGAUCAUACUCGUUAUGGAGGUCUCAGUCUGCAUUCUCACUGACGAAUGAAGAUGCAUCAGGCAGAGAUCCGGACCUCACAUCUUCUGUGGCAGAGAAUCUCCGGAGGCAAUCAAAAGGCUCAAUCAGGAAACAAAAAGAGCACAGCAUAUCUGCAUUACCCAGCUGGAAGAGUGUGGAGCAAUUAAAUGAACCAACUCCUCCACCUGUUUUACAAAGCACAGAUGGGAACUGGGUGGCCUUGCAAAAUGUCACUUUGCCUCGUCCUCGAAUGAUUGCCAAGCCAAAGAGCCAGGUAUUCAGAGUCCUGGAGAGUGAAUCCAGUGUUGUGUCUGUUUACGAUGAGAUGGGAUCCGAUAGCGAAGACGACUACGACUGGAAUGUGGCUUUGAACAAGCUACGGCGAAGGCCCAAGCAGCUGUCCAAAGAACUGCAUUAUGUCGAUCCCCACCACAACUUGGAAUGGGCUUACAGCAAUGACCUGCACCAGCCUGUGACCUCCCCUUUGUCUGGGCUGUUUACCAACACUGAGACAAUGUGCUCUGAUUCUGAAACAUCCUCUGUUGGCUCUUCAAGGGAUGCUGGAGGAUCGAGCCACCUUCCCUGGACACAAAGGAGAACUCGCCAUGAUAAGCCCAGAGGAGAAAAAGCACAAUUGCAUGGAGAGCUAGACGUAAAUUUUAAUCCACAGACUACCAGUUUAGAUUAUUCAGACAGCAGUGAAAGCGAGGAGGCCUAUUAUGACUUAGAAAAGCGAUCGAGGAGGUGGAAGAAAGGCAAGGCUCUUUCUGAAGACUUAUCCAAAGGCAAAAAUCGUUCAAAAACCCACAAGAAGAAUUUGAGCACAAGUCAGGCAUCUGAUGAUUUAUCAGAAACUGACCUAAGCAGUGAAGACCAACAUCAUCAACCCAAGGCAGACUCUAUGGAAGAAAAGCUGAAAUCAAGAUUAUUUGAACUAGUUGCUAAAAUGAGUGAUAAUAAGGAAUCCUCUUCAGAGGAGCAGGUGCUGGAGCCAAGAACAGAGGCUGAGACCCAGAAAACAUGUUUGUCUUCCGAAGAGAGUGGCAGAUGCAUUCAGGAGGAGCUAAAGAAGGAAAAACAAAGGGCUUUUGAUCUCCAUCUUAAACUUCAGUUUUUAACCUCAGCACUACAGCAGAAAUACUCUGCUGUGUCUCUCUGCAACAUAUCUACUGAGGUCCUAAAAGUCAUCAACGCAACAGAGGAGCUCAUAGCAGAAUCAACGGGGCCUUGUGAUAUUUCAGCAGAUGCUUGUGACAGAGGGAAAGGGGAAUUUCCAUUAGGUACAGACCCUGUCAGACUUGACGAGCAGCUCACAACACUGGAAGAAAAUGUGUACCUGACAGCCGGAGGUGUGUAUGGAUUGGAGAGUCAACUCAAUGAGCUGGAGGAUGCGGCACGCAGAAUUAACAGCAUUACCGCAGAAUCUGAGCUGGCUGAUUUGGAGGACCAAGUGGCAACAGCAGCAGCACAAGUUCAUCACUCGGAGCUUCAGAUUUCAGAUAUCGAGAGCAGAAUUUCAGCACUGACAGUUGCAGGCCUGAAUGUGGCUCCGUGCGUUCAUCUGAUGAGAAAACGUGACCAAAAGCAGACAAACCAGAUGCACACGAUAGACACAUCCAGACAGCAGAGACGAAAGCUUCCUGCUCCACCAGUGCAAGGUGAGAAUAUGGAUGCCUCUCCAGUUACUCCUGACAGAACAUUUAACAAGAAUUUCAUGCUUCAAGGGUCUCUGACACAAAGAACUAAAGAGAGAAAAAGCACUGCCAAGGAUUUAAUGGAACCAUCUAUAGGGUCUGCUGUAAUGUACUAGAAUUACCAAGUUCUACUGCCAAUAACACACUGCCUAAGGCUGCACACUACAGUGCCUUUAUAUAACAGCCAUUGUAUACAUCCAAUAAAAAUGGACCCUCAAGAACCCACAAUGCCUCAGUAAUAGGGCUUUGUUUGGAUACCUCACUGAGAAAGCUGUUAAGUCUUCAGCAUUGUGGUCUUCUAUUGGAAACUCUGCCUUAAAGUUCUCAUGAGACUCCAAGAAGGACAUUGAGUUUCAAGGCUCCAUGUUUUAAGAUGCACUUUCCCCCCACAUUGUCAAUUGUACUGAAAUAUCUUGUCUUUAAAAUACAUUGGGUUGGAUCCUAACU